AUGAAGAAAGCAACAGUUUCACGUGGGGCAGGUGAAUGAAAACCAUAGAGCCCAAAAACUCAUAGAUAAAGCAAUCUCUUGUGGGUGCCAAAUGUGGCAGCCAAUUAAUCUCUCGACUUCCCAGAAUCAAGCACGUGAAUUCUCUCUCAUCUUUCCCUUCCUUAAAAAACUCAAAUUCUUAAUCACAUUUACUCCACCACCAUUCAUAAAUUCCGCUCCUAAACAAGAAUAAGAAACCAAAAAAUAAAAAGAAAAAAAAAGAAAGAAGAACACAAAAAGAUUUCAAGAACCCUCGAUUAUACAAUGCAUUCUUGAUUCUUUUACAACCGCGGGUGCAUAUUAGACAUGGCUUUGAACUCCCUAGCUUCAAGACCCUCCUCUUUGUUAUCAAGAAAAUUCAAGAAUUCUAAUGCCAACAAUGAUUCAACUUUUUCACACCCCAUUAAAUCAAUCUCUUUUCUCAACCCCAUUCCUCUUUUCUCCAACCUUUCUUUCAAGAAUGCUUCACAAGUUUCCUCUUCUGUCACCGUUAAGGCCUCCUCAGCGUCCAGUUCUCCUCCCACGACAAUUGAUCAGGAACUCAGGAUUAAGACUGUACCCACACAGCCAUUUGAGGGUCAGAAGACUGGUACAAGCGGCCUUCGGAAGAAGGUGAAAGUGUUCAUGCAAGAAAAUUAUCUCGCCAAUUGGAUUCAGGCAUUAUUUGAUUCAUUGCCUCCGGAAGAUUACAAGAACGGAGUUUUGAUUUUAGGGGGUGAUGGUAGAUAUUUCAACAGAGAGGCUGCACAGAUAAUUAUUAAAAUUGCGGCUGGUAAUGGAGUUGGACAAGUCUUGGUUGGCAUGGAUGGUAUAAUGUCUACACCAGCCGUUUCUGCUAUGAUAAGGAAGAGAAAGGCUAAUGGUGGUUUUAUAAUGAGUGCAAGUCAUAAUCCUGGUGGUCCCGAUUAUGAUUGGGGUAUCAAGUUCAAUUACAGCAGUGGCCAACCUGCACCAGAGUCUAUAACUGACAAGAUUUAUGGCAACACGCUUUCUAUCUCUGAAAUAAAAAUGGGAGACAUUCCUGAUGUUGAUCUCUCCCGUCUUGGUCGAGUAGACUAUGGGGCUUUUAGUGUAGAAGUAGUCGAUCCGGUAGCUGAUUAUUUGGAGCUUAUGGAGAAUGUAUUUGAUUUUUCGCUUAUCAGGAGCCUGCUUUCACGGUCGGAUUUCAGGUUCAUAUUUGAUGCCAUGCAUGCUGUUACCGGUGCUUACGCUAAACCAAUCUUUGUGGACAAGCUAGGAGCUAGCCCAGAUUCCAUUUCAAACGGAGUGCCAUUAGAAGAUUUUGGACAUGGUCAUCCAGAUCCUAAUCUCACAUAUGCCAAGGAUUUGGUUGAUGUACUGUAUGGAGAGAAUGGACCUGAUUUUGGAGCUGCAAGUGAUGGAGAUGGUGACAGAAACAUGAUUCUUGGGAGAGCAUUUUUUGUUACUCCUUCAGAUUCUGUUGCAAUCAUUGCUGCCAACGCACAAGAAACCAUCCCAUAUUUUAAGACUGGCCCGAAGGGUUUGGCUCGAUCCAUGCCUACAAGUGGUGCUUUGGAUCGUGUGGCUGAGAAGUUAAAUCUUCCUUUUUAUGAGGUGCCCACUGGAUGGAAAUUUUUCGGGAAUCUAAUGGAUGAAGGAAAAUUGUCAAUUUGUGGGGAAGAAAGUUUUGGAACGGGCUCUGACCACAUCCGUGAGAAAGAUGGGAUAUGGGCUGUGUUAGCAUGGUUGUCAAUAAUUGCUUAUAGAAACAAGGACAAGAAACCUGGAGAAAAGUUGAUUUCUGUAUCUGAUGUUGUGAACGAGCAUUGGGCCACUUACGGGAGAAACUUCUUUUCCAGAUAUGAUUACGAGGAAUGUGAAUCAGAAGGGGCUAAUAAGAUGAUAGAGUAUCUACGAGAUUUAGUUUCUAAAAGCAAAGCAGGCGAUAAGUAUGGAAGCUACACCCUUCACUUUGCGGACGACUUCACCUACACAGAUCCCGUGGAUGGAAGUGUCGUUUCCAAGCAAGGAGUUCGUUUCGUAUUCACUGAUGGAUCAAGGAUCAUAUUCCGGUUAUCGGGUACUGGGUCCGCUGGUGCAACCGUUCGAGUAUAUAUUGAACAGUUCGAGCCGGAUGCAUCUAAACACAAUGUGGAUGCACAAACAGCGCUGAAGCCUUUAAUAGAUCUGGCGUUAUCUACAUCGAAGUUGAAAGAAUUCACCGGAAGGGAACAACCAACAGUCAUCACAUAGAGCAACAUUUUCAUUUUCCAAACUGCAGCAAUAGUGCAGGUGCUCGAGCUGGCUAUAUAGGUCUCAGAUGUCGAGGUGGUCCUUGAGAAGAAUCAAGCACAUUAGGCUAGCCGAGAUCAUCCCGGGCUAAAACCCUUCGAUGAUCAAGUUAGUUGGAGAUGAAAAAUAGACAAUCUCAAAUAAUAAAUGAGGUAGAAACAAUAAACGUGUCAUACCAUAAAUGCUCUAGAAAUUAAGGUAUUUAUAUGCCCAAAUGUACUUCACCAAAUGGGCCACGUGGUUUCAUCUUGGAGCUUCUACUGUCAAAGAUCGUGUGGCGAAGCGACAUACACAUCAGUUGUGCCCAACCCAACCCGACUUUAUCUAUGCGGAUCUUGUGACAUUUUUUAUGCUUUUUACCCUAAAAGAAGGGCAUUUUUGUCCUUCUUUCUUAAGGCGGAUUAUACCCCCAUCACUCCGAUGUUUUGUGAAGGAGAUAAAAUAUUUGGAACUUGUGUUCUUGUUCAGACAAAAACAGGUAAUCAAGUUUUAGCUACAGGAAAAAAGGUGGGACAUAGCUAAAAGGUUGAAGUGAUUAAGGUGAAAUGCUUCAGGUGUAACUCCUUUUACAUCUGCACUAAUUCUCAUUACAUAGUUGUUUGGUACAAUGAUCCUGUCCCAAGAGAAGAAGAAAUAGGGAUUCAACUGUUUAAACCUACCAACCAACAGUGC